AUGUUGUCCGCAGAAGAAAAGAAAGAAAAAGAGCAAUUCUUUCUGGACUUAGAUCGCCUAGGCGACCUUGACGAGGAUGAGCAGGAAGAGAUGAUCCUGGGCGAUUCGGAACCACCACCAAUGAGGUGCCUCACCAAGCCGGCAGCCAGCAUACCCAGAGCGAUCCUAGCUCCGAGUGAAGAAGUCAUCGACGAGAGGACACCGUUGAGCCGGAAGAGGAAGCAACCAGUUGAGGCCGCACAGUCAGACCAAAGAGCAGCACGCCAACCUCGCUUGGCUAGGUCAUCCACUCUUCCCGAACAGAAACCAGACCAGAAAGGACCACUGAUACCUCGUCUGGAAAGGGCGGCGACCGUGCCCGAAAGAGGCCCGAUCAAGGGUGGACAUUCCAAGUCGAGAACGAAUUUUACAGAUCUUUCGAAUGUGCAGGCUCGUCUCAAAGGUGAAGGUCAACCGAAGCUCAAAAAGCUUCCGAAGUUCGCGGCCAAACCGAAACCAAUCGACCCGGACAAGCAGAUCUUCAAGGGUCUCGUCUUCUUCUUCGUACCUAAUAACGACGAUGAUUCUGGAGCACGCAUUCGCAUACAUCAGGCAAUCCAGUAUGGUGCCCAAUGGACGCACGAAUUCUGCGAAGAAGUCACUCAUAUCAUCGUCACCAACAACGACUACGACGUAUCAGUCGUUGCCAAGUCGUUUCCUUCAAACCAAAUACCAAAACAUCCCGCCCUCCUGCGCAUCAAUUGGGUGUUGGAGAGCUGCAAAUCUCGAUAUCUGCAGGAGACUCACUGGGAGCGCUUCCAGCUGCCCGGGUGGAAAACCUUGCAUCAUCCAGAUGAGGUCGCUCCUCAAAUCGUUGCGACUGCGGAAAAUCGUGGCGUUAGGAUCGGCGGCCCCCCGCAAACGAAUGCGGCUGGGCAGGACUUAAAGCGUGGUGAUAGUUCAAGGAAUGAACCUGACCACCCCAACCAGAAGAGUGAUGAUGAAGCCGCCUUGGAUAUUCUUGAGAUUGCGAUUAGGGAUGUUCGAGGGGGUGCUGAUGUGGCUUCGGCUUUUGACCUCUCUGAAGAGUCAGAAAGCGGAGAUGAAGAUGCAGAUCGUCAUGUUGGCGUUCCAACAGGCUCCGAUGCGAACACUGCUACCAACGCCUCGAACGAGAAUGCCGGCUUCUUAUGCAUGGGAAGUCAUAACGACACAGCUGAAAAUCAUAACGCCAACGCCCAGACCAUCGAAAAAUUGCAGGAGAUGGCAAUAAUGUAUGAGAGCAGAGGUGAUCAAUGGCGGACCAAAGCUUUCCGAGAGGCGAUAGGGAAAUUGCGACGGCACAACCAACUGAUUCGGACAAGUCAAGAGGCUCGGAAGAUCGGACUGGGUGAGAGCAUUGCUGGUCAGGUCGAGGAGAUUGUGUUGACAGGGCGGUACAAGCGACUGGAGUACGCACAAGAUGACCCUAGAACUCAAGUCCUCAAGCUGUUCAAGGGAGUGUAUGGCGCCGGGGAGGCCACCGCCUACAGCUGGAUAGCCCAAGGUUUCCGAACGCUGCAGGACCUCCAGACGAGUGCCGACUUGACGCCCACCCAGCGGAUCGGGCUCGAACAUUACAAUGACUUCCAGCAGAGAAUCCCUCGCAAAGAGGUCGAGCAACACGCCGCCGUGGUGGAAAGCGCCCUAACAUCUGCAGACCCAAAACUUCAGUUGAUCAUUGGAGGAUCGUACCGACGCGGCAGCAAAGACUCGGGUGAUAUCGACUGCAUUAUCACCAUGGAAGGGGCGGACAUAGUCCGCAUCCGCACCUUGAUGCUCGAUACUGUCAUUCCUGCUUUGACGGAUCAAGGCUUCUUGAAGGUAGCGCUUGCCACUGGACGCUCUUCAGGGGACGAUACUUCGAAAUGGCAUGGAGCAUCAGCACUUCCUGAUUGCGAUAUGUGGCGGCGUAUCGAUUUCCUAUUUGUACCAUGGGAAGAGCUUGGAGCAGCAUUGAUCUACUUCACAGGCAACGACCUGUUCAACCGAAGCAUCAGAUUUCUCGCCAGGAAAAAGGGGAUGCGGCUAAACCAGCAUGGCCUGUGCAAGCAUGUCAUGAGGGGUCCUGGGCGCCAGCGAAUCAACGACGGGACAUUAGUGGAAUCGCACGACGAAAGGAAGAUCUUUCAAAUAUUGGGAGUACCGUACCGCCCACCGGAGGAACGGAACCUAUGA